CAAACCCCACACUCUCCUCUGUUUCCACUGUUUCUCUCUCACAAUCAUCUACAUUCUACCAGCAGCAGGGCAAAGCAAAAGCCCUGCAUCGUCCCCAUCUCUUCGUCUUCUUUCCAUUACAUUACUCAUUACCCUCAUUUUCUCUCACAUCUCUUCAACAUCUAAAGCACAAACACAAAACCCCAAAUCACAUAGCCCCAAACAAGUCCCACCAACUUUCUUUGCCUCCUCUCGUCAAAACCUCAUUUUGUUAAAGAUAAAGGAACAACAAAAGAAACAAAGAAACAGAAGCAAAACCACAUGGAUCUGUUCUCUUUUUCCUCUUCAACCCUCAUUCUAACCAUCUCAUUUGCUCUGCUUCUGCCCUCAAGAGGUGUUUUGGGGACUACAUUUACAUUUGUGAACAAAUGUGACUACACAGUAUGGCCAGGCAUUCUUGCAAAUGCUGGAAGUCCUAGUCUCGACAGCACAGGAUUCGAGCUCCCCAAGGACUCUUCACGUUCAUUCAUAGCCCCCACCGGCUGGUCCGGCCGGUUCUGGGGACGGACAAGCUGUAACUUCGACGGAUCCGAGUCCGGUUUCUGCACCACCGGCGAUUGUGGUUCUGGUCAGGUGGAAUGCAACGGCGCCGGAGCUGCCCCACCGGCUACACUCGCAGAGUUCACACUCGGGUCGGGUGGGCAGGACUUCUAUGACGUCAGCCUCGUUGAUGGGUACAAUUUGCCCUUGGUAGUCGAAGGAUCUGGCGGGUCGGGUAUGUGUGCUUCUACGGGUUGUGUGACGGAUCUGAACCGGGUAUGUCCGUCGGAGUUAAAAGUCGGUGAGGGAGAGGCGUGUAAGAGCGCGUGUGAAGCUUUUGGGAGUCCAGAGUACUGUUGCAGCGGCGCGUACAACUCACCCGCCGCUUGUAAGCCGUCGGUGUAUUCGCAGAUGUUUAAGUCGGCUUGUCCUAGGUCGUAUAGCUUCGCUUAUGAUGAUCCUACAAGCACGUUCACUUGUACCGGUGCUGAUUAUACGGUGACGUUUUGCCCCUCCAUGCCAAGUCAGAAAUCAUCAAGAGAUCCAGCACCAACGACAACAACAAAUGGUGAUGGGUCUGUUUCGGAUUCAGGUACUGGGUCCGGGAUGAUGGGGUCAGGUGCAGAGGCUGCGCCUGGGGCGAUGGGAUCUGGGUCAGGGUCAGGGUCAGGUUCAGGAUCUGAAGCUUUGCUGGCUGAUGGGUCAUGGUUAGCUGGUUUGGCCAUGGGUGACUCAACAAGGAUACUCUCCCCUUCUGCUUUAUAUUCUGCACUUAUUGCCUCUGCUACUUUCUCUUUCAUCCUCUCUUUACUUUGCUUGUAGUCUCUCUCUCUCUCUCUCUCUCUCUCUCUCUCAAUGCAUUCAUUGAAACUAGAAGGUAUGAAGGGAAUGGAGUUUUUUUUGCCUUAGUCAUAGAAAAGGUGACAGAUUGAUCCAUCCAAGAUUGUAUGUAAGCCAUCCACUUCCAGAUUCUCCCACCAAAAAAAAAGAAAAAAAUGGAUGUCACGGAAGUCGGAAGUGUUUCUAUUUUAUAUUAUUUGAGACAUUGUGCUUUCAUUUUCCUCCUUAUGGUUCAAGUUGUCAAUGUUCUGUUUAUGUAAAGAAGCUUAUGAUGAGAGGUUUUGCCCAAAAAAAUGGAUCAAAUGUGAACAAGUAAUGUUGGAUGGAUUUAAAAAUUAGAUUUGAUAAUUUC